CCAAGGCCUGUUACUCGUUCGUUGGUCUGGUUGUCGCAUCUUUUCCUGGACUUUGGAAGCGACGAAAACAGACGCGACUCAACACCAAGACUCUGACUGCCGCAUCUAUACAAUACAGAUGGCAGAUGUCUGGCUGGACUUACCGCCAUUACAACCGCUGGCCAGUCCACACUCGAAAGCUAGCUCACUUGACCCGCUCGGCAGCUUACAUCCACUCGAUAGACUGACGCUGACAUCGCUGUCCAAGUCUCAAGUUUGCUUAUCCUUGCCCGAGCUACGUGCUGCAAGCGCUCAUGUCUCUUUGCAGCCUAUCUCAGAGCUGUCAAAGCCGAAUAAUCUCCAGACAUUGCCUGAGUUGCCAUCAAAGGCCUACAAGAAACGCCAAAAGCGAGCACACGCUUCAAAACAACCAGGCAGUCCUUGUCGCGAUGAACAGACAUUACAGCACGAACUUUGCUUGUUGAUGAUUGGAGAGGGAUCAAACACGUUCAAGUGGCACGAACGCAUUCGAACCUUUGCAUGCCAUGGGCAACAGUCUAAACACUCUAGCAUGCUCGAUAAAGUUGUUCUUCACGGCACCAAUGUCAAGCGACUGAAGCAGGCUAGAGAGGCGUGGCGUCUGGACACGUACUUUAGUACUCGCCGAGCCUGUGCUCGCUUUCUAGGCUCCUUUCUCGAUGCCCUACGAGAUGAUUGCAUCUUGCGUUGGCAAGACAUCACAGGCACGGAGGACUUGGCACAACUUCUUGAAGAUUUGCAAGGACAGGUCGAUACAAUUUCUUGGCUCUCAGGUGUACUUCAGCUGCAGAAGGAAAGUUGGAAAGAAACAAGCAUGGUCCUCGUUAUGGAACACCUGGCCAAUGCGCCAAGCCCGGAUCUUUUCCUACAAGACGCGUGUCGUGUUGUGGCUGUGGACUUGCUGGCAUGCUUGCUCGAACCUCUCCUCUCAGAAAUUCAUCAUGCUUGUCGCUUGGCGCUGGGAUUGGCCGCACCAAUUGAGUAUCUGCUCGACAAUGUUGAGGACGAAGACGGCCCUAGCUUCCCAAGCUUCAUCAAGCCCAAGACAAUCACUGCCGUGCAUGAGAUUACACAAGGCCUAGCACUGUUGCGAUCACAUGAUGCGGCUGCAUACAAGGCGCUUCAACCACUUCCUGUUACCAUGGCAAACAUCUCCUUCGUGGCAGAGCAUGUGGAUGCACAUUAUCACGUAGUUGAACAGUGGAACAACGAGACUGACGUGGCUGACAAUGUCACCAAGAGCCUAGGCCUCACACAAGUGCAAGACUCUGCAUUGACCACACUGGAAGACGUACUGGAUGUUCACCUAGACUGGCCCGUCGAGGAACAGCUCAGACGCGUUCAAGCGCACGUUCUCCACCUCAUGCUCGAUAAACUACAACUCCAACGACACCUGGAGCUCCUCGAACAAGUUUACUUCUUUGGCAAUGGUCGCUUCGUCGUUUGCCUGACGGAUGCACUGCUCGCAAACACAAGCGACUCUGUGUGUCUCUAUAAUCGCGCUGGCAUGUGGCCACCUAGUAAUGUCCACAUGAAUAUCGCAACCCGUGCCAUGCUCCAGCAUAGUAUCGACGGUCAAUACACACAACCCAAUCUUCAUGCAUCGGGUGAUAUGGCUGAACGCGACUACUUAGGUCAUCUCGGUUUUCGACUCGAAGCAGAUCUCGUGCACCAUCAAAUCCCACGCGAUGCACUAGACGCCUUGUCGUUUCUCAAGUUUGACUAUCGUCUACCUGCACCACUCGAUCAAAUUAUCACGAAGCAAUCCCUUAUGUUUUAUGCGCAAAUCAGUGGAUUUCUGCUACUUCUUCUCAGACUUGUCUAUGUCGUGGAUCAACUCACCAUUCAAGCACGACUCCAUCGCAACGUCGUCCAUCAUCGCGUCAAACAAACCUUGCAAUUUCGACUUGAAGCACUGUGGUUUGUGAGGAAGCUAGCAUCGUACUGCUUUGAACGCGUUGUUCAACCAGCCUGGCGUGCCUUUCUCGCCGAUUUACCAGUCGUUGCAUCUGAAAAUCCAGGGGCGAUCCGAGACCGUCACUUGGCACUCCUCAUGACCAUCAGCCAUGGCUUGCUGCUUGAUGCAGAAGGCGCUGAACGGAUGGAAGGGGUGCGAGAGGCAUUUCAGGCGAUAUUGACAUUAUACAGUAUUCCGGCUGAUCAGCGGGAGGGAUGGAGUGCAGACCCAGAGUUGAUUGAGGUGCUGUACCAAAGGUUCAAGAAGCAUGCUGCGUUGGUCUUGCUAGAUGAGUUGGUGGAUGCGACAGAUGUGGAGUAUGAUGAUGACCUGGAGCUCAGCUCUGAUGAGACAUAGCACGGAGCAAGAUGUGACUGUCUGGUGGGCGUGUGAAGUAAGUAGUCGAUUGUCAGAAAUUGUGGACGGAA